AUGAGGCCAUCGCACGAUCGCGUGCUCGUGCCCGUGCUCGUGCCCGUGCUCGUGCCCUCCCCGACCUCUUCGGCCGCUCGGUCCAGCAGCUCGUCGUCCCCACCUUCCCCACCUUCCCCACCUUCCCCACCUUCCCCUUCGAAUCCGCCCUCUCCGAAUUCGGCGAGGGACGUGCCUCUUCUGCGAUUGGAUCAACAUCGCUCAUCUGCCGCUCAAAACCCCCCUCCGCAAGCGACGUCAACUUCCUCCCCCGUUCGUCGUCAGCCGACCAUGCACGCCGCCCCCUCAGCCUCUUCGGUCUCCUCGUCCUCUUCCUCGACCCAUCCGACCACAUCAAAGUCGACGCUCCUCCAGAAUAACCCCAGGGAAAGGAAACAAUCCAAUCCUCUACGUCAAUUCAGAUCCAACGCUUCCUUGGGCCCGAACCCCACCCCGACCACACCCUUCAAACAGAAUACCACGUUGGCCCCUUCCUCCCGAUUCGGGUCAGCCCAUCUUGGAACGGGCCGGGACUCGAAGGGGAAGGAUCGGUAUUCGGAUGCACCGGAGGGAGGAGCGACGGAGAAUGGGCAUGGACGUGGAGAGGGAGAGGGAGAGGACGAGGAGGAGGAAGAGAGAGACUUGAUGACCAAGGGCAGACCGGGCAUGAGGGGCAGGGGGGAGAGUGAAGGUGGCUUUGAUGAGGGGUGGACCAAUGAUGGUCUGCAGCAACAGGAAGAGGAGGAGAUGGGUUUGUUGGCCGGAAAGAAGGUGCGUCUUCGAAUGCCUCUCGUUUGGGUUUCAAGAGAGGGAAAUUAUUGAUCACGGACCCCCUCAUUCCGCAGAACGGCGUUUGGUCACGACAAGGCUCCGUCGCCUCUACCCAACGAGCACCUUCCUUCCUGAAGGAAAGCGCCAAACCAUCCAAAAAAUCACGCACGAUCCUCUUCAACUCGCGCGGCGUCUCUGGCGCACCCAAGUAUCCUCCAAACUUGGUCAAAAACCAGAAAUACAACGUCCUCACCUUUGUGCCGAUGGUCUUGUACGAGCAGUUCAAGUUCUUUUACAACCUCUACUUUCUACUGGUCGCGCUCAGUCAAUUCGUGCCGGCGUUGCGUAUAGGUGCGUUGACGCAUGGGUACGAGCGCUUUGGCUCGUCCGCGCCACCGCGCUAAUGCCUCGCACUUUGUGUUUGCACAGGCUUCCUGGCGACGUACAUCGUCCCUCUCUCCUUUGUACUAGCAGUCACCAUCUCCAAGGAAGCGUUCGACGACUACAAGCGCUACCUUCGGGACGCCUCGGCCAACGCGACCAAGUACAACGUCCUCGUCGACGCCGCGACCUCACGUCGAGCGUACCCCAACUCGCACCACGCCUCCGAAGCCGCGAAUGAAGGUCGUUCCUCUUCCUCCGCGCCUCUGAAACCGACGCCCUCCGCCAAACUCAAAGUAGGCGACCUCGUUCACCUCGAAAAGAACGAACGCGUACCCGCCGAUAUCCUCCUGCUGCGCACCUCGGACCCUUCGGGUUCAUGUUUCGUUCGAACGGAUCAACUCGAUGGUGAAACCGAUUGGAAAUUACGACUUGCCGUUGAACGAACGCAGCGAUUAUCGAACGAUUCGGGUUUGCUCAAGAUCGAAGGAGAGGUUUACGCCGAUUCGCCGAGUAAGGACAUUCAUAACUUCGUAGGAACGAUGACCGCUCGCAUACCCUCGUCGAGAACGGAGUCGUCGAUGAACGAGGACGAGAUCGAUGCUUUGGAACAAGGGGAAGGUGCUCAGGCGGAAGAAUCGAUCAGGACCGAACCCUUGACCGCGGAGAAUAUGUUGUGGGCUAAUACGGUGUUGGCAGCGGGAAGCGCGGUAGGCAUGGUGGUGUAUACGGGCAAGGAGACGAGGGCGGUGAUGAAUACCAGUCAACCGGGGACCAAGACGGGGCUUUUGGAUGAUGAGAUCAAUAGGUUGGCCAAGGUGCGUUCUUAGGAGGUAUUCGCGUGUUUUGGAGUUGACUUUGCUAAAGGAUGUUUUUGAUUGAUUGUUGUGCAGAUCUUGUGCGGCUGCACGUUCACACUUUCGGUCAUCCUCGUUGCUCUGAAUGGGUUUAGGGGCAAUUGGCCCAUUUAUGUCUUUCGCUUCCUCAUUCUUUUCUCCUCCAUCAUUCCCAUCUCGUGAGUGAACCUGCCUCGAAACAACUUCACGAUCAUCCCAAGCUGACUUUUAGGAGACCCGAUUCCAACAGUCUCCGCGUCAACCUCGACAUGGGCAAGACCGUCUACGCGCACCAGAUCAUGAACGACUCUGAAAUACCUGAAACGAUCGUGCGUACGUCGACGCUCCCGGAAGAGCUCGGCAGGAUCGAGUAUUUGCUCAGUGAUAAGACGGGAACGUUGACGCAGAACGGUCAGUUGGGGAAGUGGUUCGGUGCUCGAGCUCGAGCUAGAGUGAGUGCUGAUUGGACCUCUGUUUGGUGGGGUGAGAAAUACAGAGAUGGAGUUGAAGAAGCUGCACUUGGGUACCAUGUCGUAUGCUGUUGACUCGAUGGAUGAAGUCGCGCAUCAAUUGUCGAUGGCCUUGGGUCUGACUGAUGAAGGUAAGGGACAUCGUGUCUGAAGUUGCCGUGCAUGAAGUCUGAACCUUCUUGGUUUCGCCUUACAGAUCGACGUGCGGGAACCACGUUGACGACUGGCGUGGCGUUGGCGAUGAGGGGUCGGCGAGAUAUGUCUUCGCGAGUCAAGGACGUCGUGCUGGCGCUGGCUUUGUGUCAUAACGUCAGUCCCUCGACGUCAUGCUACUGUCAACGGGUGUCAUUAACGCGGCCCCUCUUCUCUGCAGGUCACCCCCGCGGUCGACGACGACGGCUCCAUCACCUACCAAGCUUCCUCACCCGACGAAGUCGCGAUCGUGCGCUGGACCGAAUCCGUUGGCCUGACGCUCUCCAACCGGGACCGAACCUCCAUGUCCCUCCGCACCUCGACAGGCCAAGCCUUUUCCUUUGAUAUCCUCGAAGUGUUCCCCUUCACUUCAGAAUCCAAACGCAUGGGCAUCGUCAUUCGUGAUCGAAAGACGGGCGAGAUCUUUUUUUACCAAAAAGGUGCUGAUGCAGUGAUGGCCAAGAUUGUCGUCUACAACGAUUGGCUCGAGGAGGAGUGUGGCAAUAUGGCGAGGGAGGGGUUGAGGACACUCGUGAUGGCUCGCAAGAGGUUGUCUGAAGAGGCAUGGGCGAGGUUCGAUGAGGCGCAUCGCGAGGCCAAGGUCGCUUUGGCCGAUCGAGCGGCUUCGAUUCAACGUGUCAUUGGCGAACACCUCGAACGCGAUUUGGAAUUGCUCGGCGUGACGGGAGUCGAGGACAAGUUACAGGACGACGUCAAGAUGACGAUCGAGCUAUUGCGCAACGCCGGGAUCAAGAUUUGGAUGCUGACGGGGGACAAGAUCGAGACCGCGACUUGUAUUGCCAUCUCGACCAAGCUCGUCUCGAGGAACCAGUUCAUUCAUCAAGUCGCCAAAUUAAAGUCACCUGCGGACGCGAGGGACGAAUUGGAUUUCCUUCAGACCAAGUUGGAUUGUUGCCUCGUCAUCGAUGGCGAAUCCUUGCAGUUGUGCAUUGAACACUUCAGGGAGGACUUUAUCGCCCUCUCGACGAAACUGUCGACCGUCGUCGCGUGUCGUUGUUCACCUACGCAAAAAGCUGAUGUCGCGCGUCUCAUUCGUGCCUACACUAAGAAACGCGUCUGCUGUAUCGGUGACGGUGGUAACGACGUUUCGAUGAUCCAAGCCGCCGACGUCGGCGUCGGCAUCGUAGGCAAAGAAGGUCGUCAAGCUUCCCUCGCCGCCGAUUUCUCCAUCAACCAAUUCUCCUACCUCACCAAACUCCUCGUAUGGCACGGUCGGAAUUCGUACAAACGCUCGGCCAAACUGGCGCAAUUCGUCAUUCAUCGCGGUUUGAUCAUCUCUGUCAUCCAGGCCGUUUUCUCGUCGGUGUUUUACUUUUCGCCUAUCGCGAUUUACCAAGGCUGGUUGAUGGUUGGGUAUGCGACGGCGUAUACGAUGUUGCCGGUGUUUUCCCUCGUCUUGGACCGGGAUGUGAAUGAGGAUGUCGCGUUGUUGUACCCCGAGUUGUACAAGGAGUUGACCAAGGUGAGUCCAUGACACCGCGGGAACAGCGCCUGGAUACAAAUUGAUGUUCAUCUUCCCUUCUUGUCAGGGUCGAGCCCUUUCGUACAAGACCUUCUUCACAUGGCUCAUGAUCUCCAUCUACCAAGGUGAGAGUCAUCGACACGCAUAUACCCCUUGCGUUUCCAGACUAACCCGUCUCCCACUCCUUGUCCCAGGCGGAACCAUCAUGAUCGCCUCCCUCGUCCUUUUCGAAUCCGAAUUCCUCAACAUCGUCUCCAUCUCCUUCACCGCGCUCGUAUUGAACGAAUUGAUCAUGGUCGCUGUGGAAGUCACGACGUGGCAUACGUUGAUGAUUCUUUCCGAGGUGAUCACGUUGGGGCUUUACGUUACGUCGAUCUUGUUCCUUCCGGAAUACUUUGGUGCGUCUUCCUAUCCGUUCGGCCAUUGCAAAAGUACAAGGUGCACUGACCUCCUCAAGCUCGUUUUGCAUCAACAGAUCUCAACUUUGUCAUGUCGCUCCCCUUCAUUUGGAAAGUCGGCUUCAUCGUCGCCGUCUCCGCUGCCCCCUUGUGGAUCAUCAAGUUGUUGAAGGGCAAGUUCGCACCGACGCAGUAUGCCAAGUUGAGGGAUUUCGCUGCAUAG